UGCGCGGUGAUUGCACGAUGCGGCGUGGAGCACAGUGAUGCAUUUAAUGGAAACGCGCGCUGUAUACUUAUACGAUUAUAUGAUUAUCUGAUCUAAUGCACUAUGGAAGAGGUUCUUCAGCUGAUAGGUGUCGGAAUUCGCCCUGUGAACGAUCCCUUCUUCGAAGAUUCUUACAACACCUGCAAGGUAUUCCAGAGAAAGGGUGUCACGAUUGAUGACGAGGAGGAGCUUUGCCAUGAAGUAAUUAAGGAAUUUCCAUGUUAUGUCCCAGGAUGCAAGAAUAUUUUUCAAACGCUACUUGAUUAUGAAAUGCAUUAUAAUAGCUCGCAUCGAUACGCUUGUACAGAAUGUAAAGUGUCCAAGCCAAAUCCACGGUUGUUGGAGAUUCAUAUUCAGGAGACGCACGAUGCCUUCUUCAAAGUCUCAUCAGAGAAACAAGCUAUGUAUCAAUGUUAUGAUUCUGAAUGUGACAUAAAAUUCAACAAUCCAAAGGAAAGAAAGGAACAUUGCAUUGAAGUACAUAAAUUUCCAAAGAAAUAUCGGUUUGACGAUACACAGUAUUGCACCAAAGAAGAAGAAUCGAAUAAAAUGGAAUUUGAUAUUGUUGAUGAUAAAAAGAAGAUACCUAAGAUAUUCUUAAAAAAUCAGAGAAAAAAAAUGUUCACAAAAUGUACCACUAAUGCAAUUUGUAAAGACAAUGAUAGCGUAGAAACAAUUUCAUCGACUAGUGUCAAAAGUAAGGCAACGCCAUUAGUUUUUAUCCCUAGACAAGUACAAAAAUCUUUCUCAAAGGUACUUACAAAUAAUCAAAAUAGAGAAAAGAAUGUUCUUGAAUCAGCUACUAUGAUGGAACUUACAGAAACAUUACCUGAUUAA